UUUUGGUUCCUACUAGAUGGAGAAUUAUAGCGUAUAUAGUAUAGCUUAGUAUAAUAUGGCGUACAUGUGUAACAUGUCAAUUAUUUGGUCUAUUUUAAAGAUUGUCAGAAUUGUCAAUGGGCAAAUUGAAAUGUCCAAAUGCCUUGCUGCGUUGCAAUUAAUUGCAGCAACAGGUCCGAACAAGGAUAUAAACUGUUCAGAUUCCCAGAGGGUUCCCGGGGAGCAACGUGGGUGGAAAAUGUGCGGCGUGGAGAUAAGUGGGCACCAACGGAGACUUCGCGCUUGUGUGAGAAACAUUUUGAAGAUUCACAAUUUGAAGCCCGUCGAGCAGAUGGUUGGAAGAAAUUGAAGCCGAAUGCCAUCCCAACGUUAUUCGAUAUACCAAAUCCGCCAUCCAUCAUCAAUUCCACUUCCGCGGAAAUCACUGUGCAAGAAUUGUAACAAUAAUAUUGCUCCUGUCCCUUCCAAAGCAACAGUAAACGAAUUUGUACCGGCAGUUGAACAUAAUUAUUCAAUUCGACCUCAGGAAACACGGAAUGAAGCAAGUAAUUCUCGAUCCAUCGACGAAACAUUGGCUGUUCAUUCGAAAACAGCGGAACCUAUAAUAUUUCAACAACCGAAUUUGGUUAAUGCUGAAAACACAAUCCAUAAUAUGAUAGGACAAGAGCUCAAUCCCGAGCCAGUACAAGUAGAUGUAUCGAUAAUCCCAGAAAGCGAGGUAAUUCAAGAAUUAUUCAUCGAUUAUGUUUGUUGUUACAUGGUCGUUAAAAAAUAUAAUAAAUGACAAGGCCCAAUUUGUCAUGAAUCUUAAUAACUCUUGAGGGUACUAUUUCAAAAAGCAUAUCAAAGUUUUGUUUCGAAUAAACUUUUUAUUACCAUUGGAAUUGAUUAUUAAGUUACAUUGGUUUUUUAAUUCUUUUUUUUCCAUCACUCUGCGUAACUCUAAAGAUUUCCAUGCUUCGAAACAUUUUUUUUUUAUUUUUAUUAAUCGGCAGGCAGACGAGCUAGCACGGCUGAGGUGUGAGAAUCAAGAGUUGCAGACAGAACGAACAAAUUUAAAAAAGUUAUUGGCAGAGAACCAGAAAUUACGUGACCAAAUAAACGCCAUGGACAGAACAAGACGAUCGUUCUUAAAUGACGAUCAAAUAAAAAUGUUAGAAUAAGGUCGUGUGUCCAAAUGGUUUCAUGAUAGUAUUGUAAGAGGUCUCAAAUUUAGAUUUGCCCUCUCUGUCCAUGGCUACCAAUAUCUUCGCGGUACUGGUUAUCCAUUGCCCUCGUAUGCCACAAUUAUGCGACGAAUACAAGACUUCAAACUCGAUUUCGGGAUUUUUGAGGACAUUUUACAACUACUUAAAUUUAAAGUUGAAACUAUGGACCCAACAGAUAGAUUUUGUGUCUUAUCGUACGAUGAAAUGAAAAUUAGCAAACAACAAGAUUACAAUAAAAAUCUUGGUAAAUUUCUUGGUCGUGCAACUUUGGGUAAAAAUCUUGAUGAUCUCGGCGAAAAAGUAUUUGCAGUUGUUGUUCGAGGAGUGAAAAACCGGUGGAAACAAAUUGUUGCGUGUCAUGUAACUCAUACAACAUCGAUCGAUCCCCAACUUUUAAAAGAUUUCAUGCUCGACUGCAUCACAUCUGUAGAAUCAUGUGGUCUUUAUGUUGUAGCACUUUCGUCAGAUUUAGACAGUAGGAACAGGGGGUUAUGGACGUCUUUGAACAUCCAGGCUUCGAGACAUGGGACUAUAAACAAUUUUUUGUUUUCAAUAAUCAUCCAAUAUACGCUAUGCCAGACGCUUGUCAUGCGCUAAAAAAUUUGAAAGCUGCUAUGUUGAGGCAACUCAUUUAUUUACCUGAAGCGUAUGUCGAGUUAGAGAAACUUCCAACACAUAUAGUCGAUGGGUCUUAUAUUAAAAAAUUGUGGGAAUAUGAAAUAUCAAAAGGGUUAGAAAAGCGCCUGCUACAUCAUCUUCGAGCAGAAGAUAUUGAGCCUACGACUUUCGAAAAAAUGAACGUUGGCGCAGCUAUUCGAUUUUUCUCCCUUAAAACUUUAAGCGCAUUGAAAACUGCAGUUCAAAAUGGAAUAUUACCUCUGGAAGCUCUAACAACUGCUCAGUUUAUUCUCACAAUACAGCAGUGGUUUUCUCUCAUGUCCUCCAAAGUUAGGAAAACUUCGAUCACUUUGCGAAACUGUGACCGGAAAUUAUUUUCCUGCACACGAUUAUUGAUUUGUUCCAAAAUGCUGUAUUCAAACAGGGCUGGAAGCCAUUGAAUUACGGGUUCGUUAUUGCAACUUUGACGUUUUGCGAUGUUUCUGAAUUCUUGAUGAAAAAUGGAUUCGAUUUUAUCUUAGGGCACCGAUUUACUCAAGAUGUAACUGAGAACAUUUUUUCGCAAAUUCGGCGUAAAGAAGGAUCUAUGCCUAGUGCACUGAAAACCUUGCAAGCGAUUAGACUUAUCUCUAUAUCGCAAUAUGUAUCUGAGGUAAAAUGCAAUAGUUAUAUGAGUGAAUCUGAUGAAUUUUUGUUAGACUUUUGUGAAAAGAAAAGGAAGACUGCUCGUGAAAGGUCCUCUGCUUGCAUUAAUAAAUCUGUGGAUACUUCAGUCGUAAAUAUUACGUCCUCACUUGUCGAUUUCCAAGUGCAGACUUUCUCUCUCAGCGAUUUCAGUCAAAUUGUGUCCCAGUACGAUGCCACUAUUAUAUUUCAUAUAGCCGGUAGCACCACAAACGCAAAGCAUGUUUGUUCCAACUGUCUUGAAUUUCUGUCAUCAAAAAAUUUGCCCGACAUCGAGUUUAUCAAUAAAGCAAAGUCUUACACUAAUGGAAUGAAUCAAGGUGGCCUGAGAGAACCUUGUUUACAAACAUUGUCUUUGAUCUUUCAUUGCGAACAUUUUUUCACAGUAUACAAAAAUUACAUUUUAAGAAAUUGUAACUUUGCUUUGAUUAAACGUUUGGUGGAAAAUAUUGAUAUUGUCUUUCCGACGUGUUGCAAUAUGAAAGAAAAAAUUGUUAAACAUUUUUUUACUGUCCGUUCUUUCUGUGUAAAAAACUUUUCAGAAAACAGCAAAAAACGACAAAUUAUUUUUGGAACUGCAUCUGCCAAACGAAGGAAAAAUUGAAUUAGCUUUUACAUGAUAUUCGGCUGUGACAAAAGUGUCGUCCACGCAAAGUAAACUGAUAUCGAUAACAGCGCAAUGUACAUCAUGUUAAUGUGCAAUUUAUUGAGGUGCUUAUGUACACAUAUGUUGUUCCAAAGAAAACAGAUAAACUUAGUUUAAGAUAAUAUAUAUGUAUACAUAUCAACAUGUUAUGUUUUAUAUUGUUCAAUAAACAUAAGAGUAUAUUGAAAAUCA